GCAAGGGGAGUGUUCUAAAAAGCUACCUCCAACUUCAGAGAUGGUGAGAAGGAGAGGCAAUGGGGCCGUAGUUUGGGGGACACGUUGUGUGUAUGCUGAGAAAGGACAUGCAUUGUAUCAGCAUUAGCACUGAAAAGGCAUCAUGGGUAUAAACAGAGAUGAAAAUAAUGAGGCUGGUUCUGCUCCACCAACACAGGAGGGUGCUCUGUGGGGAGAAGGGUGGCAAUUUAACAUGAACCACUAUGCCACCAAGAAGAGUGCUGCCCAGACUAUGAUGGAUGUUUACCUGUUGAUGGACAAUGCAGUUCUUCUCAGGAAAGUCCUGGGACCAGAACGUCUCUACCAUUUCUACAUCCCUCUCUUAGUGUUCCUGGGUCUCUCCAUCGCACUGCAAACUGUGGUGGCUGUUCUUCUGGUUUUAGUUGCCAACAUUGAUCUAAACAUUGAAGAUAAUCGUCAAAAACUCAACUACUUGAACAAUUGGACGAAUGCUUUGGUGGUUUUGGUGGUCAUAAUCAACAUCCUCAUCACAGCUUUCGGAGCACUUGAAAAAACAUGAAAGGCCUCUGUAUUCUCCCACUCAUCUUCAUUUCUGUUCCGGUAUUGAACAGAAAGCAAAACUAGAUAGCAAGACCACAAAUGUGCAAGGUGGAAGUGUCAAGGGAAGCAGCAUUUAAUUUUUAAAACGGUGACAAGAAGAAUGGAUGGAAGGAUGUUUGGAUGAAUGGAUGGAUUGAUGGAAGAAUGUAAACUGUAUACUGUGUAUACAAAUGUAUAAUAAAUAAGCUAUAUGUGCAUAGUGACAUUGCACAUUGUGAUUUUGCACAUUAAAGAGCAAACGUGCAUUGGGCAUUAAUCAACAGCGAAAGUGAUGUGAAAAUGGGUACACUAUAUCUGCUAAAUAAAAUGUAAAGCAUUUAACAUUUGGUCAAGAAUGUAGUUGGCAUAAACACGGCUUGUUACUCUUUCAAUAUUAUUUUUUUUUGCGAGUGGAAUUUUUGUUGGUAUUUUUGCACUUAAGUUUACUCCUGCAAGACUCCCUGCUCCUCCCAUAAGAUGUGUUUGUAAAAGUAUAUAAUUGAGUAGAGUUAAGCUUCGUGGUCACCGCUUCGCUUAGAAAUUGAGUAAUUGGUGUCAGGAGGUGGCCGUGGUCUUCAAGGAAAAUGGGCAAGCCAGAUGAGACAAAUGUCAACAGCUGUGUAUUUGUAGAGGUUCUUAGGAACUUUCUCAAAGAACUUUUCUAUUUGAUUAAUAAAGAAGUCCUUUUUA